CCAGACACUCUUCAGAGCCUCUCUCGUCGAUGACAAGCUCCCGGCUGCGCCCAGGGCCGGGGCCCCGCGCCCACCUCCCGGUCCGCCGCCUUCCCGCAGAGCGCGCGCCUCCGGGGACACCUGUCCGCGGUCAGGGGUCUGUCGCCGCUCCUCGGCGCCGCCCGGCGCUCGCGGUGGAGCCCCAGCAGCCCUGGGCGGGAGGACGGCAGGGGGCCUCCCGGGCCUGUGCACCUGCCCUGCUUACCAGGAGGCUGCGGGCGGGCGAGCCGUGGGGGCGCUGCUGAGGGCGCAGCGCGGGGGGCGCGCUGGGCGGGGCGCCUUGAAGGGCGCGGCCGAGGGGCGCGGGCGCAGCCGGAAGCUGGGGCGGGGCGCCCGCGCGGGGUGCGGUGAAGGGCAAGCGGCGCGGCGGCGGCGGCGAUGAGUGCCUCGGCGGCCACAGGGGUCUUCGUGCUGUCCCUCUCGGCCAUCCCGGUCACCUACGUCUUCAACCACCUGGCGGCCCAGCACGAUUCCUGGACAAUUGUAGGGGUGGCUGCCUUCAUCCUGUUCCUGGUAGCCCUGUUGGCUCGUGUCCUGGUCAAAAGGAAACCACCCCGGGACCCACUGUUCUAUGUGUAUGCAGUUUUUGGAUUUACCAGCGUGGUGAACCUCAUCAUAGGACUGGAACAGGACGGGAUCAUUGACGGCUUCAUGACAUACUACUUGAGAGAGGGUGAACCGUAUCUGAACACGGCCUAUGGGCACAUGAUCUGCUACUGGGAUGGCUCUGCUCAUUAUCUGAUGUAUCUGGUGAUGGUGGCAGCCAUAGCCUGGGAGGAAAGUUAUAGAACCAUUGGCCUAUAUUGGGUCGGAUCUAUUAUUAUGAGCAUUGUUGUUUUUGUGCCAGGAAACAUUGUAGGGAAGUAUGGAACACGCAUUUGCCCUGCUUUUUUCUUAAGCAUACCAUAUACUUGUCUUCCUGUCUGGGCUGGUUUCAGAAUCUAUAAUCAGCCCUCAGAAAAUUAUAAUUAUCCCUCAAAGGUCAUUCAAGAAAUCCAAGCGAAAGAUCUGCUGAGAAGACCAUGUGAUUUAAUGUUGGUUGUGUGUCUCCUUCUGGCAACUGGAUUUUGCCUGUUUAGAGGCUUGAUUGCUUUGGAUUGCCCAGCUGAGCUCUGCCGAUUAUAUACGCAAUUUCAAGAGCCCUACCUAAAGGAUCCUGCUGCUUAUGCUAAAAUCCAGAUGCUGGCGUAUCUGUUCUAUUCCGUCCCUUACUUUGUGAUGGCGCUCUAUGGCUUGGUGGUUCCUGGAUGCUCCUGGAUGCCUGACAUAACACUGAUACAUGCUGGAGGUCUAGCUCAGAAAAAACAGAAUUAGGUGAGGUAGAGGGAAAGUGAGACUUCUCCCUCAACCUAACUUGGAUGCAGUCAAAAAAGUUUGUGAACCAAGAGUUUAGUGGUAAAGGAAGAUUAUUCAAGAAACAGAUGUAAAAAAAAUCACCAUAUUCAACAAAAAGGAAACAUCUGGGAAGCCAAAGAGAGCAGUGAGGUUAUACGAGGUAAGUGGUUCUCUAAACGUGGUUCCCAGAUCAGCAACAUCAGCUCACUGGAUAUUUAAUUCCCCACCCUGGACCCUGCCCUAGACCUACUAAAAUAGAAAAUGGUGGGGGGUGCUGACACUCAGCAAUAAGUGUUUUAAUAAGCCCUCCAGGUGAUUCUGAUGCAUGCAAAAGUUUGAGAACUAUUGUGCUAGGUUACUCGGUUGAUAUUGAAAAUUAAAAAUCAUGGUUCUUAAGUGAUCAUGAAAGUUGUGAUCUUGAAGGAAAGCAAAGGAAAUGAUUCUUUAAUUUAAAAUCGAUACGCCUUAGUAAGUAAAGUAUGUCUUUACCUCUUCACUACUUUAAAUUAUAAAUCCACCCCAGGUAUGAGCCCUAUUACUUCUGGUUUUCACAAGAGUGAUGAAAUAAUGACAUUUAAAAGCCACAUAUCCACACUAUUAAAUACCUCAGGUACCUUAGAGGGCUUAGAUAAUUUAGGGUGGUGCAACACAUUACACAGAAGCUCAGCAGGCAAUCAUAAACUAAAUUAGAUUCAAUUGGGUGUUUAAAUGAAGUCCAAAAUGUUAAAAGAAAUUCAGCUUAAAAAAUAACCCCUAUGGAAUAUACAGUCUGUUAGGGAAAAUUCUAAUUAUUUUGUUGCCAUUUGCAAACUUUACCCCCAUUUAAGGCAGAUACCAUGUUUUUCAUUAGGUGUACAGGAAGUUACAUGCAUUCAUACAAUUUUACCCGUAUGCCAGUUGGGUGGAUUUUAUAGACUGUAAAAUAAAAUGUUGAUAGUCUAAGAAACCCUUGAUACUUGUUUUUAAGGAAUUUCCUAAGUAUAUCCAGCCAAUAAAUACCAGAGUCUAAAUGGAAGUAAUUUGUCCAAGUAUUCAACUGUGUGACAGACCAAUUGCAGCAAAACUUGUACCCAUCUUUAUCUUCAAAGAUCCAUCUACCCUGCUUUAAGUUUCUAAAAGGUGAAGAAUUUCCACAAUAUCAUAGUUUUUUCAAUUGUAUUUCUGAAUUACUGUAUGAAAAACCUAAACUUUCAAUUUGUAAGUCAAGGAUCAUGUCACGCCUCCAAUAAAUGAUUGUUA